AAUGAAAUUUCCGAUGGAAAGUGCCUUGUGCAGUUGCGAAGCAGGAAGGAAGUGAAUGGUCCUCCAUUCUCACUUCCUCGCGAAGACAUGACUGCAAGUCUGAAAUCUGCGGCGCACAUAUGAACACGGCUGUCACGUGCAGCGGGUUACCUCGGAAAUCGGCCGUGCUCCACUAAAAAGUUGGGUGGUCGAGAUUUGCGCAACUUCAGACCCCGCCGAGCCAACAACGGGCUCAAGCAACACAACAUGGCUGACGAUGGUAUGCUUCUCAACUUUUCCAUACCGGACAGCGGAAUCUUGAACAAGCCGCAAUUCAAGGGAGGAAAUUGGAAACAGCGACAGACGGCGAAGAAGGCGGCGGCGCACUGGCACACGAAAGCUACCGAGCGCUUGACUGGAGUAAGGGCGCCGAAGGCUCCUCUUCCCUUGUCUGUCAAUGCGACAGAUGUAAAUCGUACCGAGCUGGGCCCGCGCCCCGAGCGACCGCACCGAUCGCCCGAGUACGACAACGACAGGCCUGCAAAAAGACCCAGAGUGAGCGGAGAUAGCCACAAGAAAGUUGACGACGAUGCGUCCGCUGCAGACUUUCGACCGCACACGGAUGCGAACGUUGUGAAGAACCCAGCAGCGAAGCAGGAUACGUCCAAGGGCGGCAAGCAGAUUAUUUCGUCACUGUUCUCGUUCAAUCCUACCUCAACGACCCAAACGCUAUCAACAAAACCUGCCGAAGAUGCACCCGUCGAACCGUCCAACGCACCGCUCACGAGCGAGCUCGAUACGUUCACGUCGCUUGGCAUAUCGCCAACGCUCGCCGCACAUUUGCUCAAGAAGAUGGAUCUGAAGGCGCCUACGGCAAUUCAAAAGGCAGCUGUCACACAACUGAUCAAAGACGACUCGGAUGCUUUCAUACAAGCCGAAACCGGUUCCGGAAAAACGCUGGCAUACCUGUUGCCGAUUGUGCAGAGACUGAUGGAGCUGUCAGCGAACAUGAAGAAGCGGAAGGUCGAUGACUCCGUAUCUCGCGACUCAGGACUGUUUGCGAUCAUUCUGGCACCGACACGAGAACUCAGCAAGCAGAUCGCCCAUGUGCUGGACAACCUCCUUAGGUGUGCGCAUUGGCUGGUUGCGACGACCGUGAUUGGUGGUGAGAAGAAGAAGUCAGAGAAGGCCCGGUUACGGAAGGGCAUCAACAUUCUGGUCGCAACUCCCGGACGUCUCGCGGAUCAUCUGGAGCACACAAAGGCUCUGGACGUGAGUAAUGUGCGGUGGUUGGUGCUAGACGAGGGAGAUCGUCUCAUGGAGCUCGGAUUCGAAGACGAGAUUCAGAAAAUUGUCGGCAAUCUCAAUCUGCGCAUGAGAGCGCAAAAGGAUGAGGCUUCGAGAAUUCCUGGAUUGCCGGCCAAGCGAACCACAGUUCUGUGUUCAGCGACGAUGAAACUGGAUGUAGAACGCUUGGGUGAAAUCAGUUUAAAGGAUGCUGUGCACAUACGGUCUGAUCCUGCUGACAGGACUGAGAAUGAAGGGGCAGAUGAUGAGGAUCAAGCCUUCUUAGCGCCGGCCCAAUUGAAGCAGUCGUACGCUGUUGUUGCCCCUAAGCUGCGACUCGUGUCCCUCAUUAGCUUUUUGAAGCGUGCCUUCGCUCGUAAAGGUUCCGUCAUGAAGGUUAUCGUAUUCAUUUCCUGCGCCGACUCGGUUGAUUUCCAUUUCGAUAUCCUCACCAGCAACCUGGAAGAGGAAAAGGUGGCAGCCAAGGAUGAUGCUAAAGAAGACACAAAGAAAGAAGACGACGAAGAGGCCAACGUAAAGAAAUCUAAAAAGAAAUCAGUGGUACAGUCAGAUCCAACCAAGAUCGCUGUUACGCACGCCGAAUCGCCAUCACUUUCGCCACACACACAUAAAGUCACGACAUAUCGCCUCCAUGGUUCCUUACCACAAUCUCUCCGUACCUCUACGCUCGCUCACUUUACCAAGAACAACGAACCCGCGGUCCUGCUAGCCACCGAUGUCGCUUCUCGUGGUCUAGAUCUGCCAAAUGUUGAUCUGGUGGUGGAGUUCGACCCUGCAUUCGCGCGGGAAGACCAUCUGCAUCGCAUUGGUCGAACAGCUCGUGCUGGUCGCGACGGCCGCGCUUGCAUCUUCCUCAUGCCAGGUUGUGAAGAAGGAUAUGUCGACAUCUUGAAGACUGACAGGAAGGACGGCGAAACGGGCAUUCACAUCGGUCGUCAGGACGCUGAAGAGAUCCUCAAGAAGGGACUCGUCACAUCCGGCGUGAUGAAGGAUAAGACUGAGUACAUGGAGAAAGCAACCGACCUUCAGCUCGCCGUGGAACGAUGGGCUCUAGCCUCGCCGGCACGAUUAGAAAGCGCCAGGCGAGCGUACCAAAGCCACGUCCGCGCUUAUGCCACCCACGUGGCGGCUGAAAGAGGAUAUUUCGACAUCAAGCAGCUGCAUCUGGGUCAUUUGGCGAAAGCUUUUGCGUUGAGAGAGCGUCCGAGCGGUAUGAAGGUGCCAGGUCUCAGAACUGGGGCUGGACGAGAGAGCAAGAAGCCGGCGAAGAUCAGAGGGGCUGCUACGGGAGCCAACAAAAGUGCAGUGGCUAGCAAGGCUGCGCUGGAGGAUACGAAGGUGGAUGAUACGGAGGAAGCGGCGAAGAUGCGCAAGGCUGUGAGAGCGCGGGAGAAGUUCAUGCGUCAUGCGGGUAUGGCUGACGAGUUCAACCUGGGUUAGAUUAGAUGAUACCAAUAACUGCUUCGUACAUGUUUCUACGCG